AUGGGUCACGCCGCCGGUCUUCGCGCAGGUACGCGCUAUGCGUUCUCGAGGGAUUUCAAGAAGAAGGGAAUGAUCCCGCUCUCGACCUACCUCCACCAGUACAAGGUUGGUGACAUCGUCGACGUCGUUGCCAAUGGUGCCGUGCAGAAGGGUAUGCCGUACAAGGUCUACCACGGCAAGACUGGUAUCGUCUACAACGUGACCCAGAACGCCGUCGGCGUUAUCCUCCAGAAGCAGGUCGGCAACCGAUACAUGGAGAAGCGCAUCAACGUCCGCAUUGAGCACGUCAAGCACUCCCGUUCCCGAGAGGACUUCAUCAAGCGCGUCAAGCAGAACGCCGAGAAGAGGAAGCAGGCCAAGACUGAGGGCAUCCACAUCCACUUGAAGCGCCUCCCAGUUGCGCCCCGCGAGGCUAGGACCAUCAGCACCAAGGACAACAAGCCUGAGAGCAUCACGCCUAUCCCUUACGAGACUACGAUCUAA